UGAAGAAGGAGAUGACGUAGCAGCAGUUCAGUUCAUACCAGUGCAGUUAGAUAUUAACAUCAUGUAUGUGAUAUCUAUGGCAGUAACCCCAGGAAAAGCUAACCAACAAACACCAUGGCGACCGAGAAGCAGAAGAUCCACUUCUGGUCGGACGAGGAAACUAUAUUCAUGCUCCAGCAGCUAAAGGAGCUUAACAUUUUGAAGUAUUUGGAUGGUCGGAAAACGCGGAACGGGAAAAUAUUUAUAAAAACUUCUGAGCGCCUGAAUGAGGCCGGUUUCAUCAGGACGGCAGAACAGGUCCGCGUCCGGUGGAAGCACCUUAAACACAACUACCACAACGUCAAGAAAACAGAUGCAUACAAUCGUGUGUGGCCUUUUUGCGACAUAUUGGAAGAACUGCUCGGAAACAACAUCUUGUCCAAAGCUGGAGACCACGAUGUGGACAUUGGAUUAAGCUCAGACUGCUCGAUGGACGUCACUUCAGCUGUCUCAGACUGCGUUGGCGUCUCAGCUCCUGCACAUCCCCCCAUGGACCCUGCACUACGUGAUCAUGAUUACUGCAUGGUGGGCAGCAGGAAGAAUGUGCAGGACAAGACAACUCAAUGUGGUGAUUUUAGGUACUCCAUGCUUCAAAACAACUCUGAUGCUUUGCGCCACACUGGUAUAUCCCUGGAGGUAUUUGACAUUCUUGUGUCAACACUGGAAAAAAAUGUGAGCAAUGCAUUUCCAAUGUCAGUGCAAGAUCAAGUUCUCAUGACACUGAUGAAAUUAAGGACCAACCAUGUGACAGGUUAUCUGAGCAAGCAGUUUUUUAUAUCAGAGAGCAUGGCUAGCAAGAUCAUCUCAUAUUGGAUUGACAAAUUGGAUGAAGUUCUGCGACCUCUGAUUCCGUGGCUUCCAAGAGAAACUAUUCAAGCAACCAUGCCUGUAACAUUUAAGGAGAAGUUUCCUAAUACAACAUGUAUUGUUCACUGCACUGAUUGCCUCUUACAAAAAAACCAAGACCUUGAUUCAAAAGGGGAAUCAUACAGCCAUUAUUAUGACAAAAUGAAGUACCUGGUCGCUGUUGCUCCAUGUGGACUUAUCAUGUUCGUCUCUACAGCAUAUCUAGGUCAAUGCACAGACAAAUAUAUAACUUUUGAGUCAGGAUUAUUAGACUACUUAAUGCCUGGAGAUGAGGUCAUGGCAGAGCAUGGCUCUUCCAUAAAAGAUCUGCUGUUUAAUGAGAAAAAUGUUAACUUAGUAAUGUACUCUUUCAGAAAUGAGGAACAGGACACACACAUAGGACAAACUGCACAUGUAAUAGUUGAUGUUGAAAGAGCAAUCACACGCUUGAAAGUUUACAAGAUUUUAACACAGGUGGUUUCAAACACCAUGGCUCUUCAAAUAAACAAGAUCCUGAGAAUAUGUUCUGCUCUCGUCAAUUUAAGGGAGGAAUUCAUUCGUGACUCACAUUGAUGUACCAGUGAUCAACAUGAGUGGACUGUAUUAGCACGAAUGUCAAGAACAUUAUGCAGGACCAACUAAUGAAACUGUGCAGCGGUGACAUUAAAAUCUGAAAUGGUUCAAGAGUUUCUCUGAGAAAUCUUAAUAAAAAGACAUAUUUCAAAUGAAAGUUUAGUAAAUUGUAGUAGUAACAACACUAAAGAAAUGUUUAUGCUGCAGUUGUUAUGGAGAAUGCAGGUGAGCCUACCUUGAGGAUCAUGAAUCAGGUGAAUAGCAGAGAAAUUAAACAUUUAAGCUUUCUUCUUUUUCUUGUGUUUCUGCCCAAAGAGUUAAAAACAAUUAACUAAGUGCAUUUGAACACAAAUGUAACAAUGUGAGUUAGGACCCUGAGUGGUUAUGACUGUUACCUUGAGGACUUUCAUUGCCUUUUCCAGCUUCUUCUUGUUUUUGGAGGUUUUCUUGCCGAUGGAGUAUCUCACCUUCAGGUCUCGCACUGAUGGCCCCUCCUCCUGAAAGAAGACUGAUUCUUAACAAACACAUUUGUAUAUCUUAUCAUGUACAUUGAACAAAAAAAUCACUCCCUUCCAGACUGAGAGAAGCAUCCUUUCUCUAACUACUUUAUAUAUUUUUGGUACUUGCCUCUGAGUCUGAAUCACUGUCAAUAAAACAUAAGGAGUUGUGGAUUUUAAGUGAGCAGUUUUUGUUUUGUUGUGCAGAAUGUGAAAAGUGCAUUUAGUGCCAGCAUUUUAUUAAACAACACAAUCCUGGUCACUUUUCAUAUUUACAUUUAUUUAUAUAGUAUUUACAUUUGUUUAAAGUCUAACUUGUUUUGCUUGGAACAUGAAAAAUCUGUAACCACCUUUAACAUUUAAUGUCAUGGGCUUUUUAAAUAUGACACAUUCUGUGAAUGUUUUGUACUUCUCAUUUGUAGUAAAAUACACUGUAGCCAACAUGUUGUGCAUCUUUUUAUUCUUAAAACAGAAAUUAAACUGUGACACUAUGUGUAUGCAUAACAGCCAAAAGGUUUCAUUCUGAUUCUCUGAAUGUAUGGCACACUUAUUAUCAAACCCAUAUGCAGAUGUGCAUUAAACCUGGCCCAUUAUUUUUUGUAUUACAAGUGCUAAGGUCCUUUAAUUGUGUAUUUAAAUAUGCAAAUGAUGCAUUAUUGUAAGCUGAA